AUGGCAGAACGCACCGGUCAGAUUUUCAGAAGAGAUCCUCUGGCCUCCAAAGGAGAGUUUAUGGAUUAUAGACCUGGGGAUGGGGAUGGGGAUGAGGAGCGUGGGAAGUGCCACAGUUUGAAACUUCGAGAUGAGGAUGAAUCCUGCAAAUACAAGCCUGAGUUUUCUGCUGCCAAUGUCACUGGUUUUGUGGACAUCCGUAAGCAGGAGAACUCCCUUAUGAGGGCAGUGGCACGAGUGGGGCCCAUAUCUGUUGGUAUAGAUGCAAGCUAUAGUUCCUUCCAGUUUUAUAAAAAUGGCAUCUAUUAUGAACCACAAUGCAGCAGUGAAGACCUGGAUCAUGGUGUUCUGGUGGUUGGCUAUGGCUUUGAAAAAGCAGAACUGGAUAGAAAUAAAUAUUGGAUUGUCAAGAACAGCUGGGGUACAGAUUGGGGCAUGAAAGGCUACAUAAAGAUGGCCAAAGACCGGAACAACCACUGUGGAAUUGCAACCAUGGCCAGCUAUCCUAUUGUGUGAGAUGACGGUGAUAAAGAGAGAUGUGAUUAAGAACAGAAUACCCAGAGGAGAAAUUUUAUCUUAAAACUGACCACACCUUAUCAUGGGGGAUAAAACACUUGAAUCAUUGAAGAUCAAAGUGAUGAUCUGAAUUGUGUGACAUUUUACACUGGUAAAAUGUUACCACUUCUUUAAUUAUUGUGUAAACAACUUUGUAUAAUUGGCUUGCCUAGUAACUUUUUUAUUAUAUUUUAAAAAGAUGUAUAAAGUUUUACCUUUUAAAAAUAAAACUUAAUUUCAAAGUA